CAGCUACAGAACAGGAUCGUCUUCUCCUGAGGAGUCAGCUACAGAACAGGACCGUCUCCUCCUGAGUAGUCAGCUACAGAAUAGGACAAUCUUCUCCUGAGUAAUCAGCUACAGAACAGGAUCGUCUCCUCCUGAAGAGUCAGUUAUAGAACAGGACAGUCUCUUCCAGAGGAGUUAGCUACGGAUCAGGACCGUCUCCUCCUGAGUAGUCAGUUACAGAACAGGACUGUCUCCUCUUGAGGAGUCGGCUUCAGGACAGGACCAUCUCCUCCUGAGGAGUCAGCUACAGAACAGGACCGUCUUCUCCUGAGGAGUCAGCUACAGAACAGGACCGUCUUCUCCUGAGGAGUCAGCUACAGAACAGGACCGUCCAGGGGGCAGCUGUGGCUAAUGGUUAGAAAGUAGAUGACUUGUAACCCGAAGGUCAACGGUUUCGAGUCUCGGUGCUGGCAAGAGUUUUAGGUGAGGGGAAGUGAAUGAACAGCGCUCUCUUCCUCCCUCAAUACCCAUAGCUGAAGUGCUCUUGAGCAAGGCACUGAACCCCCAGCUGCUACUCCUGGUGUAUGUUCACGGUGUGUUUACUUCUCACUGCUGUGUGUGUGCACUUGAAUGGGUUAAAUGCAGAGCAACAAUUCCGAGUAUGGGCUACCAUACUUGGCAAAUGUCAUGAAAAAAUGAAAACGAAGCUACCAAAAAAUGAGGCAGACUCCAGGGACAAGACAUUGACUGCCAAAGAGGUUAAAGCUGUUGUCCUGCUUCUCUUUAAUUCUCUGAGAAUUUGUCUGAGACUGACAUUUAGUAGACAUUUGUUUACUUUAAUAACAGCCAGAUGUGUCGAAUGUAAACUCAGCAGGGGAAGGAAUGAGGAAACUGUUUUACAGUUUUACAUACAAACCUGUUUUACACACAUCACUCAGACACAGAAGCAGGAAACAGAAUCAGAGUUCAGAGAAAGAGAAACUGAAGUGUAGUCAAGCUGUCGAGUGUUUGUGUCUCUGUAUUUAAGCAGUAAAAUGGCAGAAGCCAGAAUUUCAGUGGAUCAGAAGGAGUUCAUGUGUGCAGUGUGUCUGGAUCUCCUGAAGGAUCCAGUGGCCAUUCCCUGUGGACACAGUUACUGUAAGAUCUGUAUUUCAGGUCACUGGGAUCAGGAGGAUCAGAAGAGAGUCUACAGCUGCCCUCAGUGCAGACAGACCUUCAGUCCAAGACCUGCUUUAUCUAGAAACACCAUGCUGGCUGAAGUGGUGGAGAAACUGAAGAAGACCAGACUCUCUGAUGACUGUUAUGCUGGAGCAGGAGAUGUUCAGUGUGACGUCUGUACUGGAAGAAAAUACAGAGCCAUCAAGUCCUGUCUGAUGUGUCUGAACUCUUACUGUCAGAAUCACCUAGAACAACAUGAGAGCUUAUUUAAAGGAAAGAGACACAAUCUGACUGAAGCCACUGGACGACUGCAGGAAAUGAUCUGCCAGAAACAUGAGAAGAUCCUCGAGGUUUUCUGUCGCACUGAUCAGAAAUGUAUAUGUGUGCUGUGUACGAUUAUUGAACAUAAAAACCAUGACAUUGUAUCGGCUGCAGAUCAGAGGACAGAGAAACAGAAGCAGCUGAAGGAGACACAGAAGACGCUCCAGCAGAGAAUCCAGCAGAGAGAGAAAGAUCUCCAGCAGCUGAGAGAGACUGUGGAGUCUCAUAAGCGCUCUGCACAGACAGCAGUGGAGGACAGUGAGAGGAUCUUUACUGAGCUCAUCCGCUCCAUUGAGAGAAGCCGCUCUGAGCUGAUACGACUGAUCAGAGAUCAGGAAAAGACUGCAGUGAGUCGAGCUGAAGAACGACUGGAGCGACUGGAGCAGGAGAUCAAUGAUCUGAGGAGGAGAGACGCUGAGCUGGAGCAGCUUUCACACACACAGGAUCACAUCCAGUUCCUGCAGAGUUUCCAGUCUCUCUCAGCACCUCCUGAAUCUACAGACGUAAAUGAUGAUCUCUUCAGUUCUCUCUUCUCUUCUGAUGAUCUGAGAGAAUCUGUCCAUCAGCUGAGAGACAAACUGGAGGAUUUCUGCAAAGAGGAGCUCGAGAAGAUCUCAGACAGAGGUAAAGUCCUGGAGAUUCAUCUGCUCUCAGUGAUUUCCACAGUUGCAUUUAUCAGGAUCAGGAACGACUUCCUACAAUAUUCCCAUCAGCUCACUCCGGAUCUGAACACAGUGAAUAAACACCUCCGUCUGUCUGAGAACAACAGAGUGAUCACUAACACUGACACACUCCAGUCGUAUACGGAUCAUGCAGACAGAUUUGAUGUGUAUCCUCAGGUGUUGUGUAGAGAGAGUGUGUGUGGACGCUGUUACUGGGAGAUUGAGUGGAGUGGAGAUGUGUAUAUAUCAGUGUCAUAUAAGAGCAUCAGCAGGAAGGGAGGUGUUGAGUGUGGGUUUGGAUGGAAUGAUCAGUCCUGGAGUUUGUUCUGCUCUUCCUCCAGAUACUCAUUCAGACACAAUAAAAUAAAGACUGUUCUCCCUGUGGAGUCCAUCAGCAGUAGAAUAGGAGUGUUUGUGGAUCACAGAGCAGGAACUCUGUCCUUCUACAGCGUCUCUGACACAAUGAGCCUCAUCCACACAGUCCAGACCACAUUCACUCAGACGCUCUAUCCUGGGUUUACUGUUGGUCCUGGAUCGUCAGUGAAACUGUGUUGAUAAAUCAGUGUAGACUGACAAGAGAUUCUACCCAUAAUGCUUUGAGCUGUGUGAUGAAUCAGUAACAGUGAGACGUUAUAGAGUCACUUCAUGACAUUAAUACUGCAGCUGAACUUUUGUCACUGAAAUAAUGUGUGUAAUAAAUCCUCAGAUAGACAGUAAGAUCAGUGUGUGUAUGUGUCUGUGUGUGUGUGUGUGUGUCUGUGUGUGUGUGUGUGGGUCUGUGUGUGUGUGUGUUUCUGUGCUUUUCUCAACCUCUGUUUGUGUUGAAGGGAAUUACUAAUUUAGUUGAUAAUAUAUAUAUGAUUGUAACGAUAUUCACACUCCAUAUACAUCGGGAAGAAGGAGGCGGGAACCGGCGCACAAUCAAAACAUAAUUUUAAU